GUGCUGAAUUUCAAUAUGUACCCUUAAAGACGCCUUAGUACUGCUGCUGUUAAUUACGACCGCGUGUGCGUAUGUCGGGAGGGUCUGGUAACUGAGGCAGACAGUGGGGGAACGUCUUUACUCCUGUCGGAGCAGGUCGCCCUGCAGCCAGUCCGGCGACCGAAACCGGCACAUCAGGAGCGCACGCCGCCUGUCCACAGCGGCUCCGACCGGAGCUGAUGAAGCUCGGUCACUUUGGAGCAUCCUGAUGGCUCAGCCUCCCCGACGCGCAUGUAGCUUGUUAACGUCUCCCAGGAAUCCCCAGCAGAAGAUCAUCAAACGGGUCAUUGGCCUGGAGGGGGACUUCAUCAGGACUUUGAGCUACAAGAACCGAUACGUUCGAGUGCCUGAUGGCCACUUCUGGAUCGAGGGCGAUCAUCACGGACACAGUCUGGACAGCAACAGCUUCGGACCGGUCUCUGUGGGCCUGCUUCACGGUCGGGCAUCCCACAUCAUCUGGCCACCAAAUCGCUGGCAGCGAAUCAGAGCGUCCCUACCCGCCAACCGAGGACCACUGGACACCGAGGAAGACGAGGGAUGAGGACACAUUACACACACACUGUUGUAACUGUACUGUUGUAAAUGUGUGUAGGAUGCAGUGUUUGGUCAUUGUUCCUGAUCCCAAGUCAGAUUUUUCCAGUGCUGUCAUGUGACCUGCAAACUGGUUGGUGCUUUGUUGUUUUGCCGCCCAGUUGUUAAUGACAAGGACUCAAACCUUGACGCCUGCAGGUCACAGCCACACAGAGGGCUGAAGUCCUGACCUCCAGACGAGCAGUCAUCCAACACAAGUAUUUUGAUAAUCGAUUACCUACUUAAAAGUCAAAUAUUCUCUGGUUCUGAUGAUUUUCUGCUUUUCUCUGUUUCUUAUUACUGGAAACUGAAUAUAUUUUUUUUGUGGACUUUUGUUGGUUGGAUUAAACAAGAGACUUGAGAACAUUG